CUUCCCGGUCGCGGGCCCACCUCGGGAGCGCCGGCGCACUGGCGCGCUCCGUUUACACGCUCCGGGGCCUGUAGGCGCCGCGAGUUCCGGCUGUCGCCGUCGUCGCCGCGGCUCCUGGAGGUCGGUUGCGACGAGUAACGGCGCCAGGACGAGCCCUGCGCCUUCUUUUUCGAUAUGUACCCGAACUGGGGCCGGUAUGGCGGGAGCAGCCACUAUCCGCCGCCGCCGGUCCCACCGCCGCCGCCGGUGGCGCUUCCUGAGGCCUCGCCGGGACCGGGGUACUCGAGCUCGACGACUCCCGCGGCCCCCUCCUCCUCGGGCUUUAUGAGCUUCCGCGAACAGCACUUGGCGCAGCUCCAGCAGCUGCAGCAGAUGCAUCAGAAGCAAAUGCAGUGCGUGCUUCAGCCCCACCACCUUCCUCCGCCCCCCCUGCCGCCCCCGCCGGUGAUGCCGGGGGGCGGCUACGGAGACUGGCAGCCGCCGCCGCCACCGAUGCCCCCGCCACCUGGGCCGGCCCUCAGCUAUCAGAAGCAGCAGCAGUACAAACACCAGAUGCUCCACCAUCAACGAGACGGGCCUCCUGGUUUGGUUCCAAUGGAGCUGGAAUCCCCUCCUGAAUCUCCCCCUGUGCCCCCUGGGUCCUAUAUGCCCCCAUCUCAGUCUUACAUGCCCCCACCUCAGCCGCCACCCUCUUAUUACCCGCCGUCCUCAUCUCAGCCCUACCUGCCUCCUGCUCAGCCGUCCCCUUCCCAGUCCCCACCUUCCCAAUCCUACCUGCCGCCCACCCCUUCUUAUUCAUCCUCCUCCUCUUCCUCGCAAUCCUAUUUGAGCCAUUCCCAGUCCUACUUGCCCUCUUCUCAAGCAUCUCCUUCCCGCCCCUCCCAGAGCCAUUCUAAAUCCCAACUACUAGCUCCACCACCACCGUCCGCCCCCUCUGGAAAUAAGACAACUGUCCAGCAAGAGCCUUUGGAGAGUGGGGCCAAAAACAAGAGUGCUGAACAGCAGCAAGCCGCCCCUGAGCCAGAUCCCUCUACGAUGACUCCACAGGAACAGCAGCAGUAUUGGUAUCGACAGCACUUGCUUAGUUUGCAGCAGAGGACAAAAGUUCAUUUGCCAGGACACAAAAAGGGUCCUGUGGUAGCAAAGGAUACACCAGAGCCGGUAAAAGAAGAAGCUUCAGUACCUGCCACCAGUCAAGUUCCAGAAACUCCUUCUUCUGAGGAGCCCCCAUUGCCACCUCCAAAUGAGGAAGUGCCACCUCCUCUCCCACCUGAGGAACCCCAGUCCGAGGACCCAGAAGAAGAUGCCAGGUUAAAGCAGUUGCAGGCUGCAGCAGCACACUGGCAGCAGCACCAGCAACAUCGAGUUGGCUUCCAGUAUCAGGGAAUAAUGCAGAAGCACACUCAGUUACAGCAGAUUCUACAACAGUAUCAGCAGAUUAUACAGCCCCCACCGCAUAUACAGACCAUGUCUGUAGAUGUGCAGCUGCGGCAUUAUGAGAUGCAGCAGCAACAGUUUCAACAUCUUUACCAAGAAUGGGAGCGAGAGUUUCAGCUAUGGGAGGAACAACUCCAUUCCUAUCCUCAUAAAGAUCAGCUUCAGGAGUAUGAGAAGCAGUGGAAAACAUGGCAGGGACAUAUGAAAGCCACUCAGAGUUAUCUCCAGGAGAAAAUCAAUUCAUUUCAGAACAUGAAGAACCAGUAUAUGGGGAACAUGUCAAUGCCACCUCCUUUUGUUCCAUAUUCUCAGAUGCCUCCACCUCUACCUACGAUGCCCCCUCCUGUGUUGCCUCCAUCAUUGCCACCACCAGUGAUGCCCCCUGCCCUCCCUGCUACAGUGCCACCACCUGGUAUGCCCCCUCCUGUUAUGCCACCUUCUCUACCAACCUCUGUCCCCCCACCAGGGAUGCCUCCCUCUCUCUCUUCUGCAGGGCCACCACCAGUUCUCCCCCCACCUUCCCUCUCUUCUGCAGGGCCACCACCAGUUCUUCCCCCACCAUCUCUCUCUUCAACAGCACCUCCACCUGUCAUGCCCCUUCCACCAUUGUCUUCAGCCACACCUCCUCCGGGAAUACCUCCUCCUGGAGUUCCGCAAGGGAUACCUCCUCAGUUAACAGUAGCCCCAGUUCCACCAGCCUCCAGUUCACAGAGCUCACAAGUUCCAGAGAAACCUAGGCCAGCACUGCUUCCUACUCCUGUGUCUUUUGGUUCUGCCCCACCCACAACUUACCAUCCUCCAUUGCAAUCAUCUGUUGGUCCAUCAGAACAAGUGAAUUCAAAAGCUCCUUUGAGCAAGUCUACUCUGCCAUACAGUUCGUUCUCAUCUGAUCAAGGACUUGGGGAGUCUUCAGCUGCCCCAUCUCAGCCAGUCACUGCAGUGAAGGACAUACCAGUGAGGUCAGGUGGCCUGCUUCCAGAUCCUCCUAGAAGUAGUUACUUGGAAAGUCCCAGAGGCCCAAGAUUUGAUGGUCCUCGAAGAUUUGAGGAUUUAGGGUCAAGGUGUGAAGGACCGAGACCCAAAGGGCCUCGUUUUGAAGGAAAUCGCCCCGAUGGGCCAAGACCCAGAUAUGAAGGUCACCCAGCAGAGGGCACUAAAAGCAAAUGGGGAAUGAUUCCCCGGGGGCCAGCAUCUCAAUUUUAUAUUACCCCCAGUACAUCCCUAAGUCCUCGGCAGAGUGGACCACAGUGGAAAGGCCCCAAACCAGCUUUUGGACAGCAGCAUCAGCAGCAACCUAAGUCACAAGCAGAACCUCUUUCAGGAAACAAAGAACCAUUAGCAGACACCAGUAGUAACCAGCAGAAGAAUUUUAAAAUGCAAUCAGCUGCAUUUUCCAUUGCUGCAGAUGUAAAGGAUGCCAAGGCGGCUCAGUCAAAUGAGAAUCUAAGCGACUCUCAACAAGAGCCACCUAAAAGCGAAGUCUCGGAAGGGCCCAUAGAGCCUUCUGAUUGGGACCAGAAUGCUCAAAGUAUGGAGAUUCAAAUCGACAAAGCCCAAGCUGUUACUCAGCCUGUACCCCUUGCAAAUAAGCCUGUACCUGCUCAAUCUACUUUUCCUUCAAAAACAGGGGGGAUGGAGGGAGGAGCAGCAGUAGCAACAUCAUCAUCAUUAACAGCAGAUAAUGAUUUUAAACCUAUGGGUAUUGGUCUACCCCAUUCAGAAAACAACCAAGAUAAAGGCCUGCCUCGGCCAGAUAAUAGAGAUAAUAGAUUAGAAGGCAAUAGAGGCAGCAGCUCAUCUUACAGAGGUCCCGGGCAAAGCAGAAUGGAAGACACACGGGAUAAAGGACUAGUAAACAGAGGUCGUGGUCAGGCAAUCAGUCGAGGCCCAGGAUUGGUCAAGCAAGAAGACUUUCGGGAUAAAAUGAUGGGUAGGAGAGAAGACAGUAGAGAGAAGAUGAAUAGAGGAGAAGGUAGCCGGGACAGAGGGCUGGUGAGACCUGGAAGCAGUCGGGAGAAAGUGCCAGGUGGUCUGCAAGGCAGCCAGGACAGGGGUGGAGCUGGCAGCCGAGAAAGGGGACCACCUCGGAGGGCUGGUAGUCAGGAGAGAGGACCUCUUCGAAGGGCUGGGAGUAGGGAGAGAGUACCACCCCGAAGAGCUGGGAGCAGGGAGAGAGGACCACCUCGAGGGCCUGGUAGUCGAGAAAGGGGACUGGGAAGAUCAGAUUUUGGUCGUGAUAGAGGUCCAUUCAGACCAGACCCAGGAGAUGGUGGGGAAAAAAUGUAUCCAUAUCACCGAGAUGAGCCUCCUAGAGCUCCAUGGAACCAUGGAGAAGAGAGAGGGCAUGAAGAGUUCCCAUUAGAUGGUAGAAGUGCUCCAAUGGAACGAGAAAGGCUUGAUGACUGGGAUAGGGAGAGAUACUGGAGAGAAUGUGAACAUGACUAUCAAGAUGAUACACUAGAGCUCUAUAACAGAGAGGACAGGUUCUCAGCACCACCAUCUCGGUCUCAUGAUGGAGAUAGGCGAGGCCCUUGGUGGGAUGACUGGGAGAGAGACCAGGAUAUGGAUGAGGACUACAAUAGGGAAAUGGACAGGGACAUGGACAGGGAUGUGGAUCGGAUUGGAAGACCCAUGGAUAUGUAUGAUAGAAAUUUGGAUAAUGAGUGGGACAGAGAUUAUGGGAGACCACUGGAUGAACAAGAAUCACAGUUUCGUGAACGGGAUAUUCCAUCUCUUCCACCUUUACCGCCCCUCCCACCUCUUCCACCUUUGGAUAGAUAUCGGGAUGAUAGAUGGAGAGAAGAAAGAAAUCGAGACCAUGGGUAUGAUCGAGAUUUCCGUGAUAGGGGUGAGUUGAGGAUUCGAGAGUAUCCAGAAAGAGGAGAUACAUGGCGGGAAAAGCGAGAUUAUGUUCCUGACAGAAUGGACUGGGAAAGAGAACGGUUGUCAGACAGAUGGUACCCAUCUGAUGUGGAUAGACAUUCCCCCAUGGCGGAACAUAUGCCCUCCUCACAUCAUUCCUCAGAAAUGAUGGGGUCCGAUGCAAGCUUAGACUCUGACCAAGGCCUUGGAGGGGUAAUGGUUCUCAGUCAGAGGCAGCACGAAAUCAUUUUGAAAGCUGCACAAGAACUGAAAAUGCUUCGGGAACAGAAAGAACAGCUUCAGAAGAUGAAAGACUUCGGGUCUGAGCCACAGAUGGCUGACCAUCUACCACCUCAGGAAUCAAGACUGCAGAAUACAUCUUCAAGACCUGGAAUGUAUCCGCCUCCAGGGUCCUAUAGACCACCCCCUCCUAUGGGUAAACCACCAGGUUCAAUUGUAAGACCUUCUGUUCCACCAGCAAGAUCAUCUGUUCCUGUAACCAGGCCGCCUGUCCCAAUACCACCACCUCCACCUCCUCCACCUCUACCUCCUCCCCCUCCUCCAGUGAUAAAGCCGCAAACAUCAGCUGUAGAACAGGAACGAUGGGAUGAAGAUUCUUUCUAUGGGCUCUGGGAUACAAAUGAUGAACAAGGACUGAACUCAGAAUUUAAGUCAGAAACUGCAGCGAUUCCAUCUGCUCCAGUAUUACCACCCCCACCUGUUCACUCUUCCAUUCCCCCUCCUGGUGCAGUACCUAUGGGUAUGCCACCAAUGUCUAAGCCACCACCAGUGCAACAGACUGUUGAUUAUGGCCAUGGCCGAGAUAUAUCCACUAAUAAAGUUGAACAGAUACCUUAUGGAGAAAGAAUAACUCUACGCCCAGAUCCACUACCUGAAAGAUCAACUUUUGAGACAGAGCAUGCAGGCCAACGUGAUCGUUAUGAUAGAGAAAGAGACCGUGAGCCUUAUUUUGAUCGCCAAAGUAAUGUCAUAGCAGAUCAUCGAGAUUUUAAAAGAGAUCGUGAGACACAUAGAGAUCGAGACCGGGAUCGUGGUGUUAUUGACUAUGACCGGGAUCGAUUUGACAGAGAACGCCGACCCCGAGACGAUAGAGCUCAGUCAUAUCGAGACAAAAAAGACCAUUCCUCAUCCAGAAGAGGGGGUUUUGAUAGGCCAUCCUAUGACCGGAAGUCUGACCGACCAGUCUAUGAAGGGCCAUCCAUGUUUGGAGGAGAACGAAGGACUUAUCCCGAAGAGCGAAUGCCCCUGCCAGCUCCUUCACUGAGCCACCAGCCGCCUCCAGCUCCACGGGUCGAGAAGAAGCCGGAAUCAAAGAAUGUGGAUGAUAUUUUGAAACCACCAGGCCGGGAGAGCAGACCUGAGAGAAUUGUUGUUAUAAUGAGAGGAUUACCUGGCAGUGGAAAGACACAUGUUGCAAAACUUAUUCGAGAUAAGGAGGUAGAAUUUGGAGGACCUGCACCCAGAGUUCUAAGCCUGGAUGAUUACUUCAUCACUGAAGUGGAAAAAGAAGAAAAAGAUCCAGAUUCUGGAAAGAAAGUAAAAAAGAAGGUAAUGGAAUAUGAAUAUGAAGCUGAGAUGGAGGAGACUUACCGCACCAGCAUGUUCAAAACUUUCAAAAAGACUCUGGAUGAUGGCUUUUUCCCCUUCAUAAUUCUGGAUGCCAUCAAUGACAGAGUUAGGCAUUUUGACCAGUUUUGGAGUGCAGCAAAAACCAAGGGAUUUGAGGUAUAUUUGGCUGAAAUGAGUGCAGAUAACCAGACUUGUGGCAAGAGAAAUAUUCAUGGAAGAAAGCUUAAAGAAAUAAAUAAGAUGGCCGAUCACUGGGAAACUGCGCCUCGUCACAUGAUGCGUCUAGAUAUUCGUUCUUUGCUGCAAGAUGCUGCUAUUGAAGAGGUUGAGAUGGAAGAUUUUGAUGCAAACAUUGAAGAACAGAAAGAAGAAAAGAAAGAUGCAGAGGAAGAGGAAAGCGAACUGGGUUACAUUCCGAAAAGCAAAUGGGAGAUGGACACAUCUGAGGCAAAGCUAGACAAGUUGGAUGGCUUGAGGACUGGUACUAAAAGGAAACGUGACUGGGAGGCCAUUGCCAGCAGAAUGGAGGAUUAUCUUCAGCUCCCCGAUGAUUAUGAUACUCGUGCUUCUGAGCCUGGGAAGAAGAGGGUCAGAUGGGCAGACCUGGAAGAAAAGAAGGAUGCAGAUAGGAAAAGGGCCAUAGGUUUUGUGGUCGGACAGACUGAUUGGGAGAAGAUCACAGAUGAAAGUGGUCACCUGGCUGAAAAAGCCCUCAAUCGAACCAAAUAUAUAUGAGACUUAGUUUUUGAACGGAGUCAUUAUUCCUCUAAGGUGGUUCGCAUUGAGGUGAUCUGAAGCCAAGGCCUCACGGAGCUUCUUUGUGUGUCACCUUGCUUCCACGUUUCCAUUUUUGUUUUGUUUCUACUGCUUUAGUUUUUUAGAGUCCUCCAGUGUCCCCAAGAGGUAUUAGAAUCUUGCUAUACCCAAGCAAGACGAAUUUUUCUUUUAUCUGUUUUGGGGAGGGAGGGAGUGAUAGCUUAACUGCUGAAGCCAGGUGGGGGUCCGCUGGAGGAUUCCAACAGAGAAUAUUUCCUCCACCAUACAAUGUCACAGACUAUCUCUAUCAUCAUUGCUUUGUGGCUGUUUCUGUUUUUUUACUGUAUGUAACUGGUAGCUGAUUGUACUAGGAUUAAAAACAAUAAACUUUCACGAUAAAGCCGAUGAGAUUCAUGGGCUAUACAGCAUGGGCCCUUUUCUCUUGUUUUCUUAAUUUUAUUUUUAUUGCUUUUUAAAUAUGGUAUGUCCUAAUUAAAUGCUAGCUGAACAUCCACAACCUCUUUUUCAUUGAAUAUUAUAUAGCUCAGUGAAUCCGUAGCAUAUGUUGUAAAACACAAGGUUCAAAUGAUGUUCAAAACUCUCAUCUUUGUUUUAUAGCUGAUUUCUUUCUCUUUGUGUCUUGAAGACUGAUAAACCAAGUUCAGAUAUUCACCAGUUCCCUGGAGCAUAUCUGUUCUGCAACAUGAUGCUUUAUUUAAAAAUUUUUUUUGAUCCUCUCUCUGUUCUUCCCUUUCUUCUUUCCUUCCUUCUUUUCACUUUCUCUCUUUAUGCUAUAUUAGGUUCUUAUUUUUUCCUGUUCUGGCUCUGAAUCCUGGUGGACAGAACUGAUCUAUUCCAUGGAACUCAAGCUUGUUGCCUUACUUUGAACUUGAAUUGUGGAUUUUUAAAUGAAGAUUGCAGGGAAAGAAUAUAAAGAUGCAGAGCACUCUGGCAUGUAACCUUUAAGCCUUUCGGUUUUCAGGUUCUUGCCAGAUUGUUCAUUACUGGAAAGCAUGGCCUUCUGCACAGAAUUUCCUCUCUUGUGGUUAAUGCCAGGUGGAACCCAGAAACAUACAGAGAUAAAACCCAAAUAUUAUUUCUAUUUAAACACUGAAAAGGGACUCUUCCUUUUUUCAUUCUGCAAAGAAAAAAAGUCAUCUUUUAGCAUGAAAGAAGAUGAGAGCCUUCUUCCUCAAGCAUCAUUUCCAUUUUGUAAUCCAGCUCAGCAGUUUCUAAAUGUGUUCACUGAAGACUUCAAUAAUUUGAAAUAUUCUCUUUCAGACCACAGACGAAAAUCCUUUAGUUUUAUGACCUACGUUAAAGACUGUAUGAAUAGAGCUAAUAUUUACUGGCAUUUGAAUAGUAUCACUUUGGGUUCAACAAAUAUUAUAGUACUGAAUACUCCAAUUUAAUGGGAAUUCUAGCAACUUUCUGUACUUUUAUCUUCCCUAAAAAUCUGAAUUUUUAAGCAAAAGAGACUUUUAGUUCAUUAACAAGUCAAUAUUGAAUGUAUAAAUUGCUAUAUUAAAUAACUUCCGCUGUUUGUACUAUUUAAUAAGCUA